GAGAAAACAGAAAGGCGGAAAAAAGUCGGUUGUAUUGGACCAGUCUCAACAGUCCAGCUCGUACCGUCAAAGCAUCAACAUCUAGCCAACCAUAUCUGCUUGCUUAUCUGUGUCGUCCAUAUCGCGUGCCUUGAUAUCAAACUGGUGAAAAAAAAAUGCGUCUGCUCAUCUUGUCGGUUCUAAUCGCCUUCAUGUCAUCCGCUUCAGCAGGAGUUGUAUCGGAUCGAUUGAAAGCAACGAUGAAUAAAUAUCAAAAGAUUGAAGUGUCUUUGCCUGAAACUCGGCCCAUCAGCUCGAAAGGAAUUAUGCAAAACAUCCAGAACGCCAUUGGAAAUCGUCAUGUGACUUUCAAGAUCCCGGCCAUCCCUUUUGUGUCAAACCUUUGGCGAAGCCGAAACUCAACUGGCAAUGCAGCAAUAGCCAAAAAUGCAACAGCGCUGUCAAAUGCAGAAGGACAUCAACAACAAGAUAUCGGGGUCAGCAGCAUCAUCUCGACAUCAACGGCCGUGCCAACUAAACCCGGCGGUCAUCCAGAUUGGUGCGGAGGUAACAUCCUUUUGGAUCUCAAUUCCCGCAGGGAGUUAACCUACAAAUCGACUCAGUUCCCGGCCGGACGCUCCACCCCUUACGCCUGUUCGUGGGACGUCAAGGUGAGCAAAAACUGCCGUCGCGGGCGGGUGACUAUGAGGAUGGACGGACGCAGUCGGCUAGCACAAGAAGAUCGAUGCAGUAAAGGAUAUUAUCGAGUAUCGCCGUUCAUGAAGGAAGCCAAAAUCUGUGGACGGAUUGGAACGGUUCCACCAUUCCAGUGGUAUGUCGACGACAAACAGCCAGAAGAUGUCACUAUUAUUAUGAAAAAUAUCGGCCUCAAUGACGGCAACUCUGAAGGACUGUCAUUUACACUCUCUGGUGAAUGUCUGUCAAAGGAUGGUAGCGGCGAAACGAAGAAUAAGACGAGGGAUGUCGCCAUGGACAAUAUGGAGACCAACAGUCGAUGGAUGUACCGUCUGUUGAUGGAUUCAACGACACCUGGCAGCCGCCAAAGUCAAGUCGUUCUCCACACGGCCAGCAUGUCGUUGCAACCCAAUUCCAAACUGUCGGCAAAAGCUUCGGAAAAGAUCAGCCAAGAUUUCGGCCAAGCCUUGGCGUCACAACCGGAUCUAGCGCCGGCUGAAAGUUCGACGACCUCCAAACCAGCCAAUAAAAUCACAUUUUAUUCGCCUCUUUAUCUCAUUUUCAGAAAAUUUAAUCUCAUCUAAGAUUUUGAGAGUUAAAAACAAGGAAACUGCUGGUCAGCUCCUCGUUCUAUUAUUUAAACGGAAAUAUGUACACAAAUUUUAUAAAAAAAGACUAUUUAAACAUUUUUUUUGUAAUUUAAAACUCAUGUAGUAUAAGCUUGAAUAGAACUGCUAACAAAAUACAAGUGGCCUAUUCUUGGAAUCGAAA